GGUAGGAGGACGGUUGUGUAGCUACCAGACCAGACACACUCAGAUGGACAUGACUAUCAUAAAUGUCAAACUCAUGAAAGAAUAUGGUUCAUAGGAAAGUCGGCAGUUGGUGAGAGAGACAUUUAUAAAAGUUUUGAUGGGAAGUUGCCAGAGAAAUGCAGAUCAGUUUGAGAAUACACUUUACAACUUCGAUGUGGAUAAUUGAAGAUUAAAUAUCACAAUGAGUGGACACCAAACUUUUUAAAACUUUAAAUUGUCAUAACAAAAAGGAAUAUAUAGCCCAUAUAAAAUACGUGGGGUAGUGUCAAAAUGAUAUGUCAACGGAAGGCGCUUGUCAUUGGAGAAUGAUCACUAAAUUAGAUCAGAAUACAUUACAGAAGGAAGUUGACGAUGUGUUCAACGGAUCGAGACGAAAUGCUCCCUUGGUUACAGACACUUUUUAUCUUCUUCAAAUGAAAUAGCCCAAAUUCUCAGUUUAUCAUGCAUAGAAGGAGGAUGCUUCGGGCACUCCCCGUUGUCAUAUUAACUUUUUUCAUCAUUUUAUUCGUGGACUUUCAACUAAGGACGCGGAAUCUCCACAAACUCAAUACUAUCCAUAAUGCGUCCGGUGGACACUUCCAUCGCUCGAUUCAAGAGGAGGCGAAGGAGCCACUAAAGCCGGCCAAGUUUCCUCGACAACCCGCUGCUGUCUCUACCAUGAACCAAACUGUUGGUGGCUUACAAGCAGAGAUACAGAGAAGGGGAGACAAGUUGAGGGCUUUGGAACGGAGAAGGGUUGUCGUCACUCCAUCCCUGUUGAAGUUAACGGACAUCUUCCUCGCGGUGAAGAGCACCAGGAGGUUCCACAGCACGCGCCUUUCUCUCCUUCUCGAGACGUGGAUCUCCAAGACCAAGGCACACGUGAGUGUAAUGAGUGUCAUCCUGAUUUAUGAUCGUGAUUGAUUGAUCCAGCAUGCAUUCAUCAAAUUGAUGUGGAUUUCAAAACAUGUGUUCAUAAAAAAAAAAAGCUACCUAAUGAUAUAGGUACUUUGACGGGGGACCAUUCAAUUAUCAAGUAACAUUGAACUUUUUGGGGAUAAAGUAGCCCACAAAAGUCAAAAAUACUCAUAUCACUGUCUUGUUGCUUUACUGUAGGCCUAGUUCAGAUUCAUUUCAUUGCAAUAACCUAGAUAUCUUAUCAUUUAUAAUUGACAUGGGAUAACCAAUAGCCUCAACAGUCCCCCUAUUCCCAGAUAUUACAUGGUAGGUGCACAGUGGUAACAUGGGAAUAGGUCGACAGUUAUUACAUGGUAGGUAACCUAACCUACACAGUUAUUACAUGGUAGGUAACCUAACCUACUCAGUUAUUACAUGGUAGGUAACCUAACCUACACAGUUAUUACAUGGUAGGUAACCUAACCUACACAGUUAUUACAUGGUAGGUAACCUAACCUACACAGUUAUUACAUGGUAGGUAACCUAACCUACACAGUUAUUACAUGGUAGGUAACCUAACCUACACAGUUAUUACAUGGUAGGUAACCUAACCUACACAGUUAUUACAUGGUAGGUAACCUAACCUACACAGUUAUUACAUGGUAGGUAACCUAACCUACACAGUUAUACAUGGUAGGUACCUAACCUACACAGUUAUUACAUGGUAGGUAACCUAACCUACACAGUUAUUACAUGGUAGGUAACCUAACCUACACAGUUAUUACAUGGUAGGAAACCUAACCUACACAGUUAUUACAUGGUAGGUAACCUAACCUACACAGUUAUUACAUGGUAGGUAACCUAACCUACACAGUUAUUACAUGGUAGGUAACCUAACCUACACAGUUAUUGUUCAGCUCUUAGGGCUAGAGGGCCUGUUGAUUGAGAAACACCGAAUUUAGUCACUAUGGCCCAACUCAGCUGGCCCUCUUCCUGUUUUGACCCGUCAUGUUCUUUACAGAACAAAGCAGCACUUCCUACUUCUCUACUUUCUACGCUGAGUCAAGGUGACUAGGGCUUUGAGUAUCAGACUAUAUCAGAGUUUUAGUGAAGCAAAUGUGAAGCAGACCCUAUCUUCCUAUGUCCUAUCUUUAAGUGGCUUGUCAAAGCGAAUUCCUAACAUGCAUCUAACAACUUAACACUUCUAGAAUAAGUAUUUGAGAUGACUGUUGGAAGCUGUGGUUGUGUGAAAUGACUGAUAAGCAAAUAUAAAUUGAGUAUUUUGUAUUGUAAAAGUUAUAGAACACAUACUUCAUUGGCAGUUGGCACUUGAAGUAUAAUUUCCUCAAAAUAUGAGGCACAUUUUAUACGUGCCUAUUCUCUGAAGAAGUACGCAAAUGUCAUGAUUCCUUCAGGUCAUAUAAAAGUAUUUUGACUUUCUCUUCAGCUAGUGAUUCAGAUGGACAGACAGGGUGACGAAUGGUUUGGUCCACAGCAGAUACUAAGUUUAGUCUUAGUUUUUAGAGAAGUGAAAUCAUCAGCUCUUUCUCUCUCCCCGUCUCUCUCUCUCUCUCUCUCUCUCUCUCUCUCUCCCUCUCCCCCGUCUCUCUCUUCAGCUGAGAGUCAGAACGGAAGCUCUGUAGAACCUCAGUGGAAAUGUUUUUCCUCCAACAGUGGUGUCAUGGCUACUAUCUACAGAUUAUGUGUAUAUAGUCUAAUGUUGCUUAUUUUCAUUUCUCACAAGUGGAACAUUAACGCAAAGAUUCUGGCUGUUUGUUUUUCUCGACCCUAACAUACAUGCACACACACACACGCGCACACACACACACAGUUCUAUGUUCUCGUCAUAGACUUCCUGUUCUCAGAUCAGUUUCCGUUUCAGCAUUGUUGCUCUGCGGCAGUGGCGUCCCCCUGGCACAGACAGCAAACACACACCAUCCUGUAGUAGUGUUGUGUGUGUGUGUGUGUGUGUGUGUGUGUGUGUGUUUGAGUCAAAACAACACAACACAAAACAUAAACCAUGCUCUCCUGUCCAUACUCCAUUAGAAGAGACAGAUGAUUCAAAGUCACAGUAGUACACUGAUAGAGGACCCACCUGCAUUAAAAGCAAUAGGAGAGAAAUAUAUUUCAGCUAUGUUUUACGGCAUGAGUAAAAGAGACAGAUUUAUCCUCUCAGCUCUCUCUCUAUCUCUCUCUCCCUCUCUCUCUCUCUCUCUCUCUCUCUCUCUCCCAGUCAACCCCGUCUCCACCACUCUCUAAUCCACUCUCAUCAUCUCGCCUCUUCCCACAAUGAUCUCUCUCUCUCUGUCAUCUUCUCGAAGUGCUCUAUCUUCUCUCUCUCGCUUCUCUCUGUCUCUCUCUCAUCUCAUCGUCUCUCUCUCUUCUCUAUCACUAUCCCUCUCUCCUCCCCCAGUCCAACCCAGUCCAACUCCCCCCGCCCCCAUAGUAGUUUCAUGAGCCACUGCCAGCCCCCACUCAGCCAUCUUGGCUCUUCAGCCUCUUUAGCCCAGGCAGAAUGAUGGGGCCUAGGGGACAUUAUGGAGCCGUGGUGCUAGUGCGGUUGCAUGAAUUAUGACUGUCAGGGAGGAAACUAAUGACACAGGGCCUCAGGUUCCAGAGCCAAGCAGUGCCUCUUUUGGUUUCAUCAGCAGGGAAUCGAUCUGUGAAUUACUCCUCCUUUGAACGAGUGAUGGGAUGGAGGGAUGCGGAGGAGGAGGAGAAAGAAAAAGGGCCACAGGGGGAGGAGAGGAAGAGGAGGGCUAUAAAAUGGCUGAAGGGAAGAUUUAGAGGUAGCUAUACUUGAUAUGAGAGGUAGCGGGAGGCUGUACUGUUGUUUCAGUGGAGAUAGAUGGAGUGCAGAUCGCAUGGGUGUGUGUGUGUGUGUGUGUGUGUGUGUGUGUUGUCAUGGGAAGACAGUGCUCUAUGAUAGAUACAAGCGCUUCAUCUAGUGCACUAAAGCUAUUAAGGCGAUCACUUAGGUUAAUGCAAAGCCGGGGGCAAACACACACACAAUGAGAGAUAAGGAGAAAACGAGAGAGCGAGAUAGAGAGAGAGAGAGAGAGAGACAGAGAGAGAGAGAGAGAGAGAGAAAGAGAGAGUGAGACACAGAGAGAGAGAGAGAGAGAAGCAGACAGAGAUAGAUAGAGAGAUAGUCAGACGAGAGAAUAGAGAGAGAGAUAAAUUAGAGAGAGAAUAGAGAGAGAGAGAGAGAGAGAGAUAGACAGAGAGAGAGAUAGAGAGAGAGACAGGUAGGAGAGGAGUUACACUAUUAUAUUACACAGUGGUACCGUGGUGAAUUACACCCUGUAAAACACUGUUUAUCCACCCAGAGGCUGCUCUAGGCUACGUCCCAAAUGGCAUCCUAUUCCCUACAUAGUGCACUAUAUUCAGAAUAGGGUGCCAUUUGGGAGGGGCCUCCUCCUCAGGAGGAGUUUUAUAGCUAGACUGUAAUGGUUUGAUAAUGCUUAGGAGAGGGUUGAAACAGACACACACAUGCACAUCCUCACCCUUGCUAUCUCUUCUCUCUCAGAUGAAAGAGUACCAGACACUCUGAGUGAACAACACUUCCUUUUUUCCUCGCACCCAUCUCCACCCUCUCCCUCUCCUAUCUUUCCUCUAUCCCCCUUUCACUCCCUGUACUCCACCCCCAUCACUUCCUAUGGAAGAUUGGAUCAGCAGUCAGUCACUGUCCAUAUCAGUGUGUGUGUGAGAGAGAGAGAGGCUGUGUGUGUUUUUCCAUUAGCAGUCAUACACUGUGGAUAAUAUUAGAGUGGGAGCCCACUGGUAGGGCUCUUCUACACUACCUGACCAAAAGUAUAUGGACACCUGCUCAUUAAAAAUCUCAUUCCAAAAUCAUGGGCAUUAAUAUGGAGUUGGUCCCCCCUUUUUCUGCUAAAACAGCCUCCACUCUUCUGGAAAGGCUUUCCACUAGAUGUUGGAACAUUGCUGCAGGGACUUGCUUCCAUUCAGCCACAAGAGCAUUAGUGAGGUCGGGCACUGAUGUUGGGCGAUUAGGCCUGGCUCGCAGUCGGCGUUCCAAUUCAUCCCAAAGGUGUUCGAUGGAAUUGAGGUCAGGGCUCUGAGCAGGCCAGUCAAGUACAUCCACACCGAUCUCGACUAACCAUUUCUGUAUGGCAGGGUUCUUCAAUUCCGGUCCUGGAGGGCCGAAACACCUCUGUUUUUCAUCCUCUCCUUCUAAUCAGGGGGUAAUUCAGACCUGGGACACCAGGUGAGUGCAAUUAACUACCAGGUAGAAAUAAAAAACAGAAGUGUUUCGGCCCUCCAGGACCGGAAUUGAAGAACCCUGCUGUAUGGACUUCAUUUUGUGCACGGGGGCAUUGCCAUGCAGAAACAGGAAAGGGCCUUCCCCAAACUGUUGCCACAAAUUUGGAAGCACAGAAUCGUCUAGAAUGUCAUUGUAUGAAGUAGCGUUAAGAUUUCCCUUCGGCUUAGCCCGAACCAUGAAAAACAGCCCCAGACCAUUAUUCCUCCUCCACCAAACUUUACUGUUGGCACUAUGCAUUGGGGCAGGUAGCGUUCUCCUGGCAUCCGCUAAACCCAGAUUCGUCCGUCGGACUGCCAGAUCUGAAAUUUGACGAACUGACUUGUUGAAAAGGUGGCAUCCUAUGACGGUGCCACGUUGAAAGUCACUGAGCUCUUCAGUAAGGCCAUUCUACUGCACAAUGGCGGUGUGCUCGAUUUUAUACACCUGUCAUCAACGGGUGUGGCUGAAAUAGCUGAAUCCACUAAUUUGAAGGGGUGUCCACAUACUUUUGUAUAUUUACUGUAUCUGUAGUUUCAGUUGUUGCUGUUGUUUACUACGACCAACAGAGGUCAGUAGUGGACCAGCUACACAGUGCUGUUCCACUGUAGACCUUCAGGGAAAUAGAUAGCAUGCCAUUUAGAAAACUGCUGAGAGAGAGAGAGAGAGAAAUUGUACUAGCUUUCUGAGUCUAAUAAUAAUAAUAAUAUGCCAUUUAGCAGACGCUUUUAUCCAAAGCGACUUACAGUCAUGCGUGCAUACAUUCUUGUGUAUGGGUGGUCCCGGGGAUCGAACCCACUACCUUGGCGUUACAAGCACCGUGCUCUACCAGCUGAGCUACAGAGGACCACAGAGUCUACAGAGGAAGUGUUGGGAAGCAGAGGUCAAGGCUAUGUCAUCUCCUAAUGGGAGGGUAGUGUUGCUGUUUCACACUGUCUUCAAUGUAAUGGCAGCUACGGUCAAAGGUUCAAGUGGAUGUGUGACUGUGUGUGACUGUGUGUGUGUGUGUGCUGUGUGUGUGUGUGUGUAUGUGUGUGUGUGUUUGUGUGUGUGUGUGUAUGUCUUCCCUUUAGCUAAUGGUGCAGCCUGUUUCUGUCAGUAUUAAUCUGUCCUCCAUUAUCUGGCUUAGUGUGUGGGGGGGUGUGUUUCUGUCUGUGUGUGUGUGUGUGGGGGGGGGGGGGUGUCUGUGUGUGUGUGUGUGGUGUGGGGGGGUGUCUGUGUGUGUGUGUGUGUGUGGGGGGGGGGUGUCUGUGUGUGUGUGUGUGUGUGUGUGUGUGGGGGGGGGGGGGGGGGUGUCUGUGUGUGUGUGUGUGUGUUAUAUCUCUCUCUCUCUUCUGUUCCUUCUCUAGACGUUCAUCUUUACAGACACAGAGGAUGAAGACGUCAACUCCAGAGGUAGGUCUUCAACUCCACCAAUCACAAGCAAGGAGAGACUUGUUGUAUUAACAGUUGUAAUGUUUAAGAGAGAUAGUUGUUUAUUAGACAACAGUUACAGUUUCUAUCUAAUUUAAGUCUCAUGUCAGAGUGUUGUAAAAUAAACACAUCGAAAGGUGCUUUGACUGAAAUUCUUUUUUAUAUUCAGGUUACAAUUUGAUCGUGACAGAUUGUCCGCCGGACCACAGUCACCAGGCUCUGUCCUGUAAGAUGUCUGCUGAAUACGACCACUUCAUGGCCUCCGACAAGAAGUGAGUAACACAUAGACUAUCACUUUACAGGGCAUUGAGAUCACGUUAAAAAAUAGAGAGUUCUAUCAACAUUUUGUACCUGUAGGAUUUGUGUUCAAACCUGACUGAAGAAAGGGCAGAGACAAGGUUCCAGUGUUAAGUUUAGAAUCAAGCCUUGGUUGUAAUUAGAACAGAGGAAAGGGCUCAACUGUUCACUUCAGUUGAGAACCGAUCCAUGUGCUGUCCCCUCUCUCUCCAGGUGGCUGUGUCACGUUGACGAUGAUAACUAUGUGAAUCCUGGAGCUCUUCUCUCCCUACUCUCAGCCUUCCCCCAGGAUGGUGAUGUCUACGUAGGCAAGCCCAGCCUCGACCAUCCCAUCAAGGCCCAUGAACUGCUGGAGGGCAACAAGACGGUAUGCUCCCACCAUGCACUGCAUAGAGCUGAAAGCUAUAUUCCAAUGCACAAUACAAUGCUUCAUUCUAGCCUUAUGUUAAAGACAUGUUUGGGAACUUUGGGUCCUACUAAGUAUUCUUUAAACCUCCCGCUUUGGGCUGGAUUUGUCAAUGUGUAGUUCAUACAUGCAUCAUCUAUGAGGAGAAUUGCUGUCUUACCUCAAUUAGCCACGAAAUCUCUAGUUUGAAACAUUUAGCCAAUGAGCUUCAGCCCCUCGCCAUUUGAGUGACAGCUAGCAAGAUGCACACACAGUAGAGCGAGAGAGAGAGAGACCAAUGACGUGGUGCACAUAUCUGCACAUAUGUGCCGUAGUACGCAAUUUUCGGGUACCACUUUUGGCUCGUGAGCACUACUUUCAGAACUACUGGCUAAAAAGUAUACAAAAGUACCGGAGAAUCUCUUUAAGUAGUAUGUUACUGUGGUCAUUAGAAUAUGUCUUUCUGUCUCCCUUCACUGAUAUGUUUGAUCGUUUGAUGCCAAGAUGGUUCCCAUGGGAAUUCUAAACCUCAAACAGAGUUGGCCAAGCACUGUAAAUUAUUCAAGUCAUUCCACAUCUCUCCUCUUUCAAUUCACUUCUCAUCAGGAAUGGAGGGAUGGAAGGAUGAAGGGAUGAUUGUAGAUCCAUCUAUUUAUAUGUUUUUAGUCACCGUGGAGUGUUUUUCUAACCGGAGGGUUGAGUGGUGAUUGGCAUGUUAUUGGUUAUUGAUCUAAGAACCAUGUCAUCAAGUGGACGUGUCAAAGACACCCCAGGGGAUAGGCUGUCAACCAGCAGGAUCGGUCACUAGAUAAGCAUGUGUCUUGUGUAUGUGUCAUUUACAGUAGAAAAAUGACUGUUUUGAGCCUAAGUGUAUCUUGGUUCCGGAGAGUGCCUCGCAAAGCUCUCUCUCUCUCUCUCUCUCUCUCUCCUCAUCCCUCUCCUCUCUCCUCUCUCUCCCUCCCAUCUUCCUCUCUCAUCUCUCGGUCUCUCUCUCUCUCUACUCUCUCUCUCUCUCUCUCCUUCCUCUUCCUCUUCCUCUUCCUCUUCCUCUUCCUCCUCCUCCUCCUCCCUGGUUAGAGAGUACAUUUAUCGUUGACAGUAGGACAGGCCUCAGACUCCCUAAAGAAAGGGAACACAAGGUGGGAGCACAGGAGGAUGAGAGGAGAGGGGGACUCCAGAGAGGGAGGAGGAGAGGAGAGGAGGAGAGGGGGACUCCAGAGAGGGAGGAGGAGAGGACCUUGUGAGAAUGAUGAUACAUACACCUGUUGUGAUUUACCCUGCUGUCACGGCAACCGAUACACAACAAAAACAACAACAACAACUCUGCGACAACAGUUGUCUAGACAUCCUGCCCAUUAUCUGAUUUGCAUGACAAUUACCAAACAAAUAACAGAUAUAAUGUCAGUUUGACAAAUGCUACACAAAUAUAAACAUACAUUAUCCCCUUGACUAAUGCUAAACACAUACGAGAUAAAUAGCACACAAAAUAUGCAAGUCAGACUUUUAUAAAUGCUUAAAAGAGGCAUAUUCAAGACUCAUAGCAAAGUGAGUCAGAGAGAACUGAGAAAGUCUAUUGUUGUAAGUAUAUCACAGAAUAUGAUGAGUUUGAGGGCAAACUGAGGACAGAAAAUGUUGCAUCAUUGUUGUGGAUGGAGGGAGUUUCCUCUACCUGUUCAAGCACAUCAACCUUUAGAUGAUUAAUUAUGUCUGGGAGGUGGAAGUCCGACAGAGGUGGAAGUCUGUGCUCUGUUCAUGUCUUGUAUUGAACGUAACUGUUCCAAAGAGAAGUGCAGUUCUGGUUGGUGAUUGGCUGUGUGUGUGUGUGUUUUUCUUUCUAGAAAGAAGUGCAGUUCUGGUUUGCCACAGGAGGCGCAGGGUUCUGUCUGAGUCGCAGACUAGCUGAGAAGAUGGCUCCAUGGGCUAGGUGAGGAGUGUGUGUGUGUGUGUGUGUCUGUGUAUGAGUGUGUGUGUGUGUGUCUGUGUAUGAGUGUGUGUGUGUGUGUCUGUGUAUGUGUGUGUGUGUGUGUGUGUGUGUCUGUGUAUGAGUGUGUGUGUGUGUGUGUGUGUGUGUGUGUGUGUGUGUGUGUCUGUGUGUGUUUGGGUCAAGAGGGAACUCUAGUCCAUGAGAACACGUGUGUGUAGGUGUAUGUCUGUGUGAAAGAGAGAGAGACAGUGAGUGUAUAUCUGUGAGUGUAUCUGACAGUGUGUGUUUGGGUCAUUGGACAUACAGUCUGUGUAUAUGCUUGUCUUUAUGUGACUGUACAUGUAAGUGUGACUGUCCGGUCUGGGUUUGAGUCAAUGUGGGUGUAUCUAUAUCUGACUGUGUGUGUGUGUGUGUGUGUGUGUCUACCUGUCUGUCUAGUGGUCCCAGGUUUGAGCAGACGUCAGCAGUGAUCCGUCUGCCAGAUGACUGUACAGUAGGCUUCAUCAUAGAGAGGAGACUGGGGAUAUCCAUGGUCCACAGUUCAAUGUUCCACUCUCACCUGGAGAACCUGUUACUGCUGACGCCCAGCAAUAUACCUCUACAGGUCAGUUACACACACACCCACAAUAUACCUCUACGUCAGUUACACCACACCCACACCCAGCAAUAUACCUCACGGUUAGUUCAAGGCAGUAUACUCCAGGACACACCACACCCGCAAUAUACCUCUACAGCAGAUAACACAACACCCAGCAAUAUACCUCUACAGGUCAGUUUACACACACACCAGCAAUUACCUCACGGUAUACCACACCCCCGCACUAUACCUCUACGGUAGAUAACACACACACACCCAGCAUAUACCUCUACCCGUCAGUUAAUAACACACCACCCAGCAAUAUACCUCUACAGUCAGUUACACACACACCCAAAACACCUCUACAGGUUAGAUACACACACACCCAGCAAUAUACCUCUACAGGUCAGUUACACACACACCCAGCAAUAUACCUCUACAGGUCAGAUACACACACACCCAGCAAUAUACCUCUACAGGUUAGAUACACACACACACCCAGCAAUAUACCUCUACAGGUCAGUUACACACACACCCAGCAAUAUACCUCUACAGGUUAGAUACACACACACCCAGCAAUAUACCUCUACAGGUCAGUUACACACACACCCAGCAAUAUACCUCUACAGGUCAGAUACACACACACCCACAUAUACCUCUACAGGUCAGUUACACACACACCCACAAUAUACCUCUACAGGUCAGUUACACACACACCCAGCAAUAUACCUCUACAGGUCAGUUACACACACACCCAGCAAUAUACCUCUACAGGUUAGAUACACACACACCCAGCAAUAUACCUCUACAGGUCAGAUACACACACACCCAGCAAUAUACCUCUACAGGUCAGAUACACACACACUCAUGAAUGCACAAAUGCACACACACACUCAUGCAAAUAAUUUCUGCCUCAUGUAAUGUGUUUUCUCUCUUAAGUUUUAUUGUGUGUGUGUGUUCUCUCUAGGUGACUCUCAGUUAUGGGUUGUUUGAGAACAAGAUGAACAGUGUGGAGCUGAAGGGACUCUUCUCCAAGGAGGAUGAUCCCUCCAGGUCAGUACCAACCAGUGGGUCAGAAGUUUACAUACACUAAGUUGACUGUGCCUUUAAACAGCUUUGAAUAUUCCAGAAAAAAUGAUGUCAUGGCUUUAGAAGCUUCUGAUAGGCUAAUUGACAUCAUUUGAGUCAAUUGGAGGUGUACCUGUGGAUGUAUUUCAAGGCCUACGUUCAAACUCAGUGCCUCUUUGCUUGACAUCAUGGGAAAAUCAAAAGAAAUCAGCCAAGACCUCAGAAAAUACAUUGUAGACCUCCACAAGUCUGGUUCAUCCUUGGGAGCAAUUUCCAAACGCCUGAAGGUAACACGUUCAUCUGUACAAACAAUAGUACGCAAGUAUAAACACCAUGGGACCACGCAGCCAUCAUACCGCUCAGAAAGGAUACGCAUUCUGUCUCCUAGAGAUUAACGUACUUUGGUGCGAAAAGUGCAAAUCAAUCUCAGAACAACAGCAAAGGACCUUGUGAAGAUGCUGGAGGAAAAAGGUACAAAAUUAUCUAUAUCCACAGUAAAACAAGUCCUAUAUCGACAUAACCUGAAAGGGCGCUCAGCAAGGAAGAAGCCACUGCUCCAAAACCACCAUAUAAAAGCCAGACUACGGUUUGCAACUGCACAUGGGGACAAAGAUCGUACCUUUUGGAGAAAUGUCCUCUGGUCUGAUUAAACAAAAAUAGAACUGUUUGGCCAUAAUGACCAUCGUUAUGUUUGGAGGAAAAAGGGGGACGCUUGCAAGCCAAAGAACACCAUCCCAACCGUGAAGCACGGGGGUGGCAGCAUCAUGCUGUGGGGGUGCUUUGCUGCAGGAGGGACUGGUGCACUUUACAAAAUAGAUGGCAUCAUGAGGAAGGAAAAUUAUGUGGAUAUAUUGAAGCAACAUCUCAAGACAACAGUCAGGAGGUUAAAGCUUGGUCACAAAUGGGUCUUCCAAAUGGACAAUGACCCCAAGCAUACUUCCAAAGUUGUGGCAAAAUGUCUUAAGGACAACAAAGUCAAGGUAUUGGAGUGGCCAUCACAAAGCCCUGACCUCAAUCCUAUACCACUGGCUUAGUGCGGGGAUCAGGAACGGGCCGGACCGGACUGGCGACACGCACCACUUGCUUGGUGCGAGGAGCGGGACUGGAUUCCCUUAUAAAUCCUUCUGCUGCCUAACUAGCUCCUCUCGCCGUGCCUCUACACUCUCCUUCUCCCUUAUAGCCUCCUGUAGCUCCUCCCUCUGACCAAAUAACUCCUGCUCACUCUGAACCAAUAGCCCCCGUAACCUGGUGGCCUCCUCUCCUAACAUGCAGAAUCGCCCUGUCGCUGCCUCCUGCUGCCUCGUCGUCCACACCUUGUGCCCCCCCCCCAAAAUGUUCUUGGGGUUGCCUCUCGGGUCUCCGUCGUCGGCACUGUUGGCGCCGUUUCUCCUCUCCUACCUGGGCAUCCUCAUUCAUCGCCCUCCGGUAACGGACGGCCUCUUCCUCCGUAAUUCUCCCCCAACCGAGGAGGACAUCUACUAAUGUCACCUCCUGUUGAAUUCCCGGCGUUUGCUCCUGAACACGCUGCUUGGUCCUCGUUUGGUGGGAUCUUCUGUCACGAUCGUUUACGAACGAGAAGGACCAAGGCGCAGCGUGAUAAGCAUACAUGUUUAUUUAACGAAUAAACACCACGACAAAACAACAAACGAAACGUGAAGUUCAAGGUAGCAUACAAACAACAUACCUUACACGGAACAAGAUCCCACAACUAACAGGUGCCAAAAGGCUGCCUAAGUAUGGUCCCCAAUCAGAGACAACGAGCGACAGCUGCCUCUGAUUGGGAACCACACACGCCAACAUAGAUCUAGACAUACUAGAAUCUAACAUAGACAAUCAACAUAGCCAAACACAACACAGAAAAUACACACCCUGACUCAACAAAUACAAGUCCCUUGAGUCAGGGCGUGACAGACAGGGAAUUUUUACUAGGAUUAAAUGUCAGGAAUUGUGAAAAACUGAGUUUAAAUGUAUUUGGCUAAGGUGUAUGUAAACUUCCGACUUCAACUGUAUGUACUGUACAUAUAGGUAGGGGUAAAGUUACUAGGCAACAGAAUAGAUAAUAGACAGAAGCAGCAGCGUAUGUGGUGAGUGUGAAAGUGUGUGUGAGUGAGUGUGUGUGUGGCAUCAGUCUGCAUUUGUGUGCAUGUUACGUGUGUGUGGGCAUAUGUAGUGUAUGUGUGUGUACGUGCAGUGCAUUCGGAAAGUAUUCAGACCCCUUGACUUUUUCCACAUUUUGUUACAUUACAGCCUUAUUCUAAAAUUGAUGAUAUUGUUUUUUUCCUCAUCAAUCUACACACAUUAACCCAUAAUGACAAAGCAAAAACAGGUUUUUAUAAAUGUUUGCUAAUUUAUAAAAUAAAAUAAAUGGAAAUAUCACAUUUACAUAAGUAUUCAGACCCUUUACUCAGUACUUUGUUGAAGCACCUUUGGCAGCGAUUACAGCCUUGAGUCUUCUUGGGUAUGACACUACAAGCUUGGCACACCUGUAUUUGGGGAGUUUCUCCCAUUCUUCUCUGCAGAUUCUCUCAAGCUCUGUCAGGUUGGAUGGGGAGCGUCGCUGCACAGCUAUUUUCUCUCCAGGGUUCAAGUCCGGGCUCUGGCUGGGCCACUCAAGGACAUUGAGACUUGUCCCGAAGCCACUCCUGCGUUGUCUUGGCUGUGUGCUUAGGGUCGAUGUCCUGUUGGAAGGUGAACCUUCGCCCCAGUCUGAGGUCCUGAGCGCUCUGGAGCAGAUUUUCAUCAAGGAUCUCUCUGUACUUCCCUCGAUCCUGACUAGUCUCCCAGUCCCUGCCACUGAAAAACAUCCCCACAGCAUGAUGCUGCCACCACCAUGCUUCACUGUAGGGAUGGUGCCAGGUUUCCUUCAGACGUCACACUUGGCAUUCAGGCCAAAGAGUUCAAUAUUGGUUUCAUCAGAGCAGAGAAUCUUGUUUCUCAUGGUCUGAGAGUCUUUUAGGUGCCUUUUGGCAAACUCCAAGCGGGCUGUCAUGUGCCUUUUACUGAGGAGUGGCUUCCGUCUGGCCCCUCUACCAUAAAGGCCUAAUUGGUGGAGUGCUGCAGAGAUGGUUGUCCUUCUGGAAGGUUCUCCCAUCUCCACAGAGUAACUGUGGAGCACUUUCAGAGUGACCAUUGGGUUCUUGGUCACCUCCCUGACCAAGGCCCUUCUCCCCUGAUUGCUCAGUUUGGCCGGGCGGCCAGCUCUAGGAAGAGUCUUGGUGGUUCCAAACUUCUUCCAUUUAAGAAUGAUGGAGGCCACUGUGUUCUUGGGGACCUUCAAUGCUGUAGACAUUUUUCGCUACCCUUCCCCAGAUCUGUGCCUCGACACAAUCCUGUCUCUGAGCUCUACGGACAAUUCCUUCGACCUCAUGGCUUAGUUUUUGCUCUGACAUGCACUGUCAACUGUGGGACCUUAUAUAGACAGCUGUGUCAAUUGAAUUUACCACAGGUGGACUCCAAUCAAGUUGUAGAAACAUCUCAAGGACGAUCAAUGGAAACAGGAUGCACCUGAGCUCAAUUUCGAGUCUCAUAGCAAAGGGUCUGAAUACUUAUGUAAACAAGGUUUUUCUGUUUUAUUUGUUUUUAUAUAAAUGAACAAACAUUUAUAAAAACCUGUUUUCACUUUGUCAUUAUAGGUUAUUGUGUGUAGAUUGAUGAGGAUUUUUAUUUAUUUAAUCAAUUGUAGAAUAAGGCUCUAAUGUAACAAAAUAGGGAAAAAGGGAAAGGUUCUGAAUGCUUUCCGAAUGCACUCUAUAUGUGUGUGUUGUGUGUUGGGGUGUCAGUGUAAGUAUAUGUGAGUGUGUGGGUAGAGUCCAGAGUGUGUGCAUAGCAUCAGUGCAAGAGAGUUAGUGCAAAAAAUGAUCAGUGCAGGUAGUCCGGAUAACCAUUUUAUUAGCUAUUUAGCAGUCUUGUACAUCGGUCUCAUGGCUUGGGGGUAGAAGCUGUUCAGGGUCCUAGUAAGGCUUGUCAUGGAUAUGCAUGUAUAUGCCCUUUAAAGAUGCAGUAAAAAGAAAAAUCAUCUUACUUGUCGAUUCAAUGUUAAUUAAUUGUAUUUAUGUAUGUGUAAUAAUGGUAUAUUUCAUCAUAUAGAAUGUUCUGUCAUUCUUUGCAGGUUUAAGACGGUCCACUGUCUACUCUACCCACUGACCGGCUGGUGCCCUUGAAGACUCCAACUCCCAGCAGCACCCGGGCCUCCUGAGACUUUCCUAAAUGGUGUCUUCACUUCCUGGAUUCUCGGGGUGCGUCUCAAUAAUCUCUCUUUUCUCCUGAAGUUUACACUCGUUUACUACUUCCAACAAAUGUAAAAGUAGUGGGUUGGUGGAGGUAUGUGCUAGUGGGAGUUUCUACCUUAUGUCUUACACCAGGCAUUUACUAAAUCAGUGUGCAAACUUUGGGAGCAAGGAGUGAUAAUUGGGACACAGCCCUGGUUUUGCAUGGACGCAACAGUGACUACAAGCACUAGUCUUGUGCAGAAUGCAGUGUGCACUUCCUGUAACCUAUCUACUUAUUCUAUGAGUUCUAUGAGCCCUCUAGAGUGAUUAACAAGACAGCACUUGCAUCAUUUAUUGGCAGGUGUGUAUAUUUGUUGAACAGAGACCAAAAGAAAUCUGCAUUUAUUUGUAACUUUUUUUUAUAGAUUUGUAUAACUUCUUUGAUGAACUCUGGUGAAAUUAACUGCUGUAAAAUAUGUACAUAUUUUGAAAAGUUUUUGUUCAUCUGUUCUGUUAUGACUGCAAUUGUUGGAUAGGCUAGUUUCUUCUAUUUUAACAAAUUUUUUAACUUUAAAAGUGUAUUCACGUUCCAGUCUAGGCUGUCUGUACAUAGUUCCUGGUUUCUGCAAAGCCUGAAAGGAUGACCAUGGUUUAUACAGUCUUGAAGAAGAGGUGUUUGUGGGGGUGCUUUGUGUGUACUGGAGAUACAGUGUGUGUGUGUGUGUGU